GGGGCCGUGGCCGACCUGGGCGCAUCCGGGGAGUUGAAAAGAAAAGACAUUCUUACCGUUAUACUAACUCGCCCUUUUUUUCUUUUUUCUUUUUUCUUUUUUUUUUUCAAUAUUCUCUUCUAAAUAAGGAGUCAAAACGGAAUUUCUCCCCAUCCCUCUUCUUUCCGGUAACAGUUAAAAAGAGUCAACCACCGACACACGAUCGUUUCAACCUUUUUUUUUUUUCCCUUUUUUUCUACUCCUUAAACAUGCCAGCGAUAAUCAAUGCCCAGACAGCCAGAUAAAGCCCACGACUAAAGUCAACCUCCAAUUCUCUCACAAUCUCAUCAGCUGAGAAGAGAAGUUCUUCCUUCCAAUUUCCAAACCAUUAAUGGGUAAAGGAUGCGGAUGUUUCCCAAGCAAAAAGCGACCGCCAGUUGUCGUUUCCGAUCACCAACAACGUCUCCCAAACCCACAAACGACAAACCACGCACAACAACAACAACAAGAGCAAAAACGACAACAACAACAGCCGAGAAAGGUGAAGAUUUUCAUCGUCUUCUACUCCAUGUACGGGCACGUGGAAAUCCUUGCGAGAAGAGUGAAGACGGGCGUGGAUUCCGUCGACGGCGUCGAGGGGCUUCUCUACAGAGUCUCCGAGACGCUUCCCGUGGAGAUCUUGGACCAGAUGAGGGUCCCACGCGGUAAAAACGCCGACGUGCCGGAGAUUUCGCCGGAGGAGUUGGCGGAGGCCGAUGGGAUUCUGUUCGGGUUCCCGACGAGGUACGGGGUAAUGGCGGCGCAGAUGAAGGCCUUCUUCGAUUCCACGACGGACCUCUGGCGGCUCCAGAGGCUCGCCGGCGUCCCCGCCGGGUUCUUCGUCAGCACCGGCACGCAGGGCGGUGGCCAGGAGACCACGGCUUGGACAGCAAUUACUCAGUUGGCACACCAUGGCAUGAUCUAUGUUCCUAUUGGCUACACCUUUGGUGCUGGAAUGUUCAAAAUGGACUCCAUUAGAGGAGGCUCUCCCUAUGGUGCUGGAGUCUUCUCCGGCGACGGCACGAGGGAGCCAAGUGAAACUGAGCUGGCUCUAGCAGAGCAUCAAGGCAAAUACAUGGCUGCAUUAGUCAAGAGGUUUUCGGGAUCUCCUUAGCAUGUACACAAGGUCAAGAACUCAACUAUUGUUCAUAGAUCCACAUUCUCGUGCAUUUUUGUUUUCUUCCAGAAUUCUCUUUUUCUCGAGUCUCUUCCUCAGAUGUUGUUCAAUAGAUUUUAGAUAGCUUUGGAGAGAGCCAUGAAAGUUUCAUACUUUAUUUUAAGGCUUGAAUAUAAUACUUCUUCUCAUUUAUUCUUAUUCCUUUUGAUUUCAUUUG